AUUUAGAAACGGUCAAAACUAUCUUUCACCAGUAUUAUUAGUGUAUUAACGCAAGUAAUCAUGCAUUCAUAUUAUAGCUGUUUAGAUGAUUUCGUUACAAUUAGGUUAAGGUUGCUGGGUUGAUUUUGACAGUUUUGUAUGAUCUAGCUAGCCUAAUGAUUAGUUCACGUUAUAUAUAUUUUUCCUUUAGACAAUAAUCUGACAGAAUAAAUGAACAAAGAGAAUGCAAUGUCUCGUUUACCGGUCAUAUCUGGGAAACGGCCUCUUUCCAGCACAGCAGAUGGAGAGUGUCAACAGCGAAAGAUACGAAAGGUUGAGACAGAGGCACAUCAGAGGUUCAAAACUGCUGCCAGUGUAGUGCCUCCCAAACGUCCUGGACCAGCCAAAGCAAUCACUAAACCCCUUCGUCAAACUGGUGCAAUGACUGUGGCAGCAGCCCCUUCAAGAGGUGACAUGAAAAAGUCAGCUGCGACUGCCACAAUUGCCAAAGGUGUGGGUACAUCAAAAAGACCAGGAUGGGACUUAAAAGGAAAAGUCAGUGAUAUGGAGAACAAAAUUCAGAACUACCAAAGUAAAAUGAAAUCUGUAAACCACGAAAACGAGAACCUGAAGGAAUCAAUUUCAAAGGUGCAAAAAAUUGAGGCAGAAGCCCAGGAGGAAAACAAACAGUUGAAAAAGCAUCUUAGAGACAUUGAAGAAAAACUAGCCAAGCUGGCCACUGUAAAAGAUGAGCUGGAGAGAACUACUGAAGAGAGAGAUGGCCUGCAGAAGGACUUAAAAAAAUUAACAGAUGAAUAUGAGGUUUUAAAAAAGCUUAGAAAUGAACUAGAAGCUGAGUUCCGCAAUGUGCAGAGCCAGCUCUCUAUUCAGACUUCAGCUCUGGGCAGCUGUCAGGACAGUCUGCAUGCAACUCAGGAGAUGGUAAAAAGUUUGGAAGCAACAGUGGCCAGACAACAGGAUGAUCUUCACUAUGGAGAAAUGGAACGGAGGAAACUCCAUAACACCAUUCAGGAACUAAAGGGCAACAUUAGGGUUUUCUGCAGGGUCCGUCCUCUGCUUUCAAACAGGGAGGCAGCUGUUUCACACACUCAGCUUUCUUCCCAUGACAACAAGGCUAUAACCCUUGCUAAAACAGAAGAGUCUCAUGUGGGACGUGCUGCUGAAACUCAGAAGAAUUACAUCUUUAGGUUUGACUACGUGUUUGGGCCACACAGCUCCCAGAGGGAAGUUUUUCAGGAGAUAUCGCUGCUUGUGCAGUCAGCUCUUGAUGGUUACAAUGUCUGCUGCUUUGCGUAUGGCCAGACAGGCAGUGGCAAAACUUAUACAAUGGAAGGAGUCGACAUGGAUGAAAUGCGUGGAGUCAUUCCCCGAGCUGUUGACCAGAUUUUCAAGUCUGCCAAGGUGCUUGCUGAGCAAGGCUGGCAGUAUACAUUUACAGCCAGCUUUGUUGAAAUUUACAAUGAGACUCUGCGAGAUCUGCUUUACAUGGGCAAACCCAGCAAGAGACCAGAACAUGAGAUCAAAAAGACAGCAAACAAUGAAGUAACAGUCACUAACUUAAAUUAUCAAAAGGUCACCACAGAGGAUGAGGUUGCAAACUUGAUUAUGUUGGCAAACCAGAACAGGUCCACCGCACGGACAAACAUGAAUGAUCAAUCCUCUCGCUCUCAUUCCAUUUUCCAGCUGGACAUUGAGGGAGAAAACCUUGGUCGAGGAACUAAGUGCAAGUCUUCUCUGUGUCUGGUGGAUUUGGCUGGCAGUGAGAGGGUCCAAAAGAGCCAGUCUCAAGGAGAACGAUUUAAGGAGAUGACUGCCAUAAAUUCUUCACUGACUAAUUUGGGCAUUGUGAUUGCUGCCCUUGCUAAUAAGGAGAGCUUUGUGCCAUAUCGAAACUCAAAACUUACCUACCUUCUUCAGGGAUGCCUGGGUGGAAACAGCAAAACGUUGAUGUUUGUAAACAUUUCACCAGAAGAAGACAGCUUCAGCGAAUCACUUAAUUCACUUCGCUUCGCCAGCAAGGUGAAUGACUGUGUCAUUGGGACCGCCACUGCCAAUAGAAAGUAGCCUUUUGGUCUGUUUCUCAGAAAUCUGUCAGCAUUUUCUGUCCUAGCUUUUUUUCUUGGUGUAUCAACAUUUAAUAUUUCUUGUACAAAGCAAUGUUUUAAUCUAUUUUAUCUUUCUUUUGAUAUGUAUUUUAAAAGGCUCAUUAAAUUUUACAGUAUUUGCCACUUUCAGAUACUUUAAUCAGUUAUGUUGACUAGUGUCAUUUAAAAACAAUGAAUAUUUUGGUGGAAAAAUCAUAAUUCUUUUUGUAUUACUUGCAUGCAUUUUGUGUGUUCAGCUGCUGAAAUGUCUGGUUCAGCUCAAUGACAGGUUUGUAAUUACUGUAUGUACAUGUACCAUAUUAAAGUACACAUUGCAAUAGAAACAAAUUAUUUUGUCAUAUCCAUUGCUUAAUGCUUAAAUUCUUGGCCAAAGCAACAUUAAAACAACUUUGUUUCAUGUA